AUGCCUGACAUCACGUCUCUGCCUAGCCAUCCUGUGGAUGCUGACCCGACGAAAGAGGCAAUUCCUUCUCAUCCAUUAGGCGUCAAGCCAAGCGGGAACGCUUUGCUUGCCACCUGGAGCCUCCGUGAUGCCACGGGAACUUUCCAACAUCUUCCCGAUGAACUAAUCCUGAUCUUGUUGGAAUCUCUGGAUGGACAAAGUUUGUUGAGAUUUGGAAGAACGUGCAAGGCCUUUUAUGCAUUCACCCGUGCAGAAGAAUUGUGGAAGGCGUUGUUUGUUCGGAACCCUAGAGAGGAUUUCACAUGGCGAGGAACAUGGCGUUCGACAUAUCUGAACAUUCCUGCCUCCAAAGUGCCGGUGGUGGACUGCUCCCAGCUAUUCUCAGAUUCUCUUUAUCGUCCGUUCAACUGCGCACACAUCUCACUGGACCCUUAUGUCUCCAAGAUUCCUGCGCGAAACCAGAUCGCACGACUUCCAGACUUAUCACCUGAAGAGUUCCAAGCCAAGUGGACUGACAAACCGUUUAUCUUGACUGAGCCUGUCAAGGCAUGGCCAGCGUACAAGAACUGGUCAGUCGGCUCAUUACUCGCACGAUUUGGCCCGACCAAGUUCCGCGCAGAAGCCGUGGAUUGGGCUAUGCGCACAUACGGCGAUUAUAUGGCAGACAAUGCCGAUGAGAGCCCGCUCUACCUGUUCGACCGUUCCUUUGUGUCCAAGAUGGGACUAUCUGUCGGAUCCCCCGAGACGACACCAGAUGCAUCAUACUGGCCACCAUCCUGCUUCGCCGAAGAUUUCUUCUCGGUCCUUGGUGACGAUCGCCCAGACCACCAGUGGCUGAUUAUCGGACCCGAGAGGUCUGGUAGUAAAUUCCACAAAGACCCCAAUGCGACCAGCGCCUGGAACGCUGUGCUGCGGGGUCCGAAAUAUUGGAUCAUGUUCCCUUCAAGCACCAAGCAGCCCCCUCCUCCAGGUGUGUUUGUGUCGGACGAUCAGAGCGAAGUAACCUCCCCGCUCAGUAUUGCCGAAUGGCUGCUUGGAUUCCAUGCCGAGGCGAGGAGGACCGCUGGUUGCGUCGAAGGAAUCUGCGGCGAGGGUGAGAUUCUGCAUGUCCCCUCUGGAUGGUGGCAUUUGGUAGUCAACCUGGAACCGUCUAUCGCCAUCACCCAGAACUUCAUUCCCCGGGGUCACUUGGGUGCCGCGCUGGAUUUCUUGUCCAACAAACCUGAUCAAGUCUCUGGGUUCAGGAAAAAUGUGGCCAACCCACUGGAUAGAUUCAUGACUGGCAUGCGCGAGUCUUACCCUGACCUGCUGGAACAAGCUUGGCAGGAGUUACAGCAGAAAAACGAAGGCAAAAAGCGCAAGUGGGAGGACAUUGUCCACGGGAGCACAGACGAUGCAGCCGACGGACAAGACACUACGGGUGGGUUCAGCUUUGGAUUUGGAGAUGACGGAAGCGAUGUUGAAGUCCCAUGA